AUGCGCUUCAACGACAACCGUUUGACCAGAGCUGUGAGCGACUGGGUUCCCCGCGAUAUUAAGCGCACUACAGGAAGACCGCCGACCCGAUGGUCAGACUUCUUCACAAAAUCCUUCAAAGAAAAUUAUGAUAGUCUUCGUGUCGCACGCGAAAGGAGGAACCACUGGGCUACUCUGGCACGCGAUCAGGACAAAUGGAAGAAUUACUGGCGCCCGCUCGACCAGUUCGAAGAUCAUCGGGAGUCAAGGUGA